CUUGGAUACGCUACCUAUGAAGGGACGUCACUCGACAAUGGGGUCGACCAAUAUCUGGGUAUGCGUUACGCUGCACCUCCUGUCGGCGACAAUCGAUUCAGGUGUGCAAAGGACCCCAUGCGAGAGAAGCAUCACGGUCCCGUUUGCUAUGGCGUCCAGGAACUUGCAUUCGGCUCUGUCCCCGUUCCUCUGUCCGAGGAUUGCCUGUUUAUCGAUGUCUACGCCCCUUCUAAUGCGACCGACUCCGAACUUGGCCGACUUCCGGUAAUGCUGUGGCUGCAAGGCGGCGCAUUCGUGCAACUUUUCAACCCCAACUACAACGGAACCGGCCUGAUUGAAGCCAGCGGCGGACGCAUAAUCGUCGCGACGUUCAACUAUCGUACUGGUCCCUUUGGCUUCCUUGCCAGCAAGGAGCUCCAAGAAGAGGGCAACCUGAACAUUGGACUCCAAGACCAGCGGGCAGCUAUUGGUUGGGUCCAGAAGCACAUUUCCAAGUUUGGCGGCGAUCCUGAGAGAAUCACGCUCUUUGGAACUUCUGUCGGUGGUGGAGGUGUCCUGCUGCAGACCUUGGCGUACGGCGGCAACCCCCCUAAGGGAGAAGACGUCAACUGGCGGGCAGGUAUUGCGGCAGCCACUUAUGUGCCCCCCUUUCGUCGUGUCCAAGACGUCGAGUUUCAGUAUCAUCAACUGCUGAAUGCCACCGGUUGCGACAACCUCGCCUGCCUACGCAGCCUCAACUCCAGCGUCGUGCAAGCUGCGAACUUCGGACGCGCUGCGCCCGGACAGGCUGAUCUUCCGCUUUUCCCGUACGGCCCGGUCAUUGACGGGGAGCUGUUUACCGACACUCCAUAUGCGAUGCUCAAAGCCGGCAACUUCUCCAAGCAUAGGCCCCUCAUUGUUGGAUCAUCCCAUAGCGAGGGGACACUCUUUGCUCCACAGGCGAACACGACCAAAGACAUCUCUUCUUUUCUCAAAACCCAGUACCCGGACUUGACCAAUGCCCAAUUGAAUAAGGCGGAAGAUCUCUACUCGUGCGUCCCAGAGACUUAUCCUGGCGUCAACGUUUCGGUGUCACCACUACACUACCGUGCUGCUCAGAUGUACGGGGAUGCGGGGUAUACUUGUCCUGCACUCAACUUCGCUUCAGAAUUGAGCUCUGCAGGAGUUGGCAUCUUCCUGUUUCGUGACAACAUCGUCGACGCCGCAGAGCUGGCUGCUGGUUACAUCGUGCCCCAUACGUGGGAGACCCAGGCAGUCUGGGGACCUGAGUACGCGACGUCAUACGUCGCUCUCCCUGGCGCCACCAGCUAUAAUGCAGGUGGCGCCAACAGACGCAUUGUUGGCCAGGUGCAGAAGUACUGGACUGAUUUCGCUCUGGCAAAGGGUUCUCUUGACUCGAUCAGAGGCGAUGGCCAUCCAAAGUGGAAGAAGUAUGGAAAGGGUCGUAGGUUGAGGCUGCAGACUAACGCAACUGCUAUGGAGCCUGUGGAAGCAUACGAGCAGGCUAGAUGCGAUUUUUGG